AUGUACAAACAGCAGUUGCUGUACUUUUCUGGCAAUGAUACUUUUACCAUUCGCCAUGACAGACUGAACAACUGCAUGCAAGUUAAAAACUCACGGAUAGUGCUAGAUGACUGCAAGGAGACAAAUGAAGCUUUAUGGAAAUGGGUAUCCCAGAAUCGUCUCUUUCAUUUGGGGUCCAAGCAGUGCCUGGGACUUGAUAUAUUCACCAAAUCACUGUCUCGCCUGAAAAUGGUUGAUUGUAACUCAGGACUAAUGCUGUGGUGGCGAUGUGCUGAUGCUUCCAUCUUCGGUGCAUCUCAGUACAAAUUGACUGUCAAGAAUAACUAUGUAAUUGCAAGCAUAAGUGCAACAGACCAGUGGAGAAGCAACAAUUCCUCCAAUGACAUAUGUCGGUAUCCAUACCGUGAGGUUUAUACCAAAGAUGGGAACUCCUAUGGAAAACCCUGUGAGUUCCCCUUUCUGUAUAAUAAGACGUGGCAUCAUGACUGCAUUCAGGAUGAAACGCAUACGGGUGGGGCAUGGUGUGCCACAUCUGAAGAUUAUACUCGUGAUGAAAAAUGGGGAAUCUGCUUACAACCAGAGGAUGGUUGUCUUGGUAUCUGGGAACGUGAUCCGGGGUCUGAAAGUUGCUACCAAUUUAAUACACAGUCUGCUCUUUCUUGGAAGGAAGCCUAUAUUUCAUGUCAAAGGCAAGGGGGAGAUUUACUUAGCAUCCAGGAUGCAUCUGAAUUAAGUUACAUACAAGCCAAGGAAGACAUUGCUGAGGUCUUUUGGAUUGGCUUAAAUCAACUGGACGUUUCUGGAGGUUGGCAGUGGUCAGAUCACAAACCUUUGAAUUUUCUCAACUGGCAUCCAGACAUGCAGAGUUUAUCCCCGCUGGAUGGGACUAGCUGUGUGGUGAUGAAUGCUGUCUCAGGUCGGUGGCAGAGUUACCACUGUGGGACUGCAUUGCCAUAUACUUGCAAGAAGUCACUCAAUGAAGUGUCAAGCCUCCCAGAGUUUUGGAGACACUUGGAUACUCGCUGUGAUUUGGGCUGGCUUCCCCACAACGGUUUUUGCUACAUGCUGGUAAACAACCAGGUGCCUUGGAGUACAGCAGAUGAGUCGUGCAAAGCAAAUAAGAGUAACCUCAUCAGCACACACUCCUUAGCAGAUGUUGAACUGGUUGUUACAAAGCUUCGUAAUGAUGCUGAAGAAGAAAUAUGGAUGGGUCUCAGGAAUGAAGAUGUACCAACCUUGUUCAAAUGGUCAGAUCGCUCAGCUGUGGUUUUUACAUAUUGGGAUCAGAAUGAACCAAAAGUUCCUUUUAACAGCACUCCUAACUGUGUGUCUUAUUCAGGCAAGCUGGGACAGUGGAGAGUCAGAUCCUGUGAAGAAGAAUUUAAAUAUGUGUGCAAGAAAAAAGGAGACAUUUUGAAUGAAACAAAAUCAGAUAAAAGUUGUUCAUUGGAAGAGGGAUGGGAGAGACAUGGAAACUACUGUUACAAGGUUUAUAAAACAGAAGUUUCAUUUGGAGCACAGUGCAAUCUUACAGUGAUGAACAGAUUUGAGCAAGAAUUUAUCAACAGUCUAAUUAGAAAACACACCAAAGUUGAAGAUAAGUACUUCUGGACUGGUUUGCAGGAUAUUAGCCAAUCAGGAAUAUAUUCCUGGGGUACAGUGGAUGGGGAAAAAAAUGAAGCUGUGACAUACACUAACUGGAAUUCCUUGCAACCAGAGUUUUCCGGAGGAUGCGUGGCCAUGCCCAGUGGAAAGUCUCUUGGAAAGUGGGAAACGAAGGACUGUAAAACCACUAAAGCAUUUUCUGUCUGCAAAAAAUAUAUCGGGCUGCCCAAGGAGCCAGAAGUGCUCCCAAAGCCAACCGAUCCUUGUCCCCCUGGGUGGCACAAUGGAUCUGGCCUUGCCUGCUACAAGAUGUUUUACACUGGGAGGGUGUUGCGAACCAGGACCUGGGAAGAGGCAGAAAGGUUCUGUGAAGCACUUGGAGGCCAUCUGCCUAGUUUUAGUCACUCAGAAGAAAUCAAGGCUCUUCAUUCAAUCCUGAGAAAAAUAAUCAGCAAUGACAGAUGGGUAUGGAUUGGAAUGAAUAAGAGGAGUCCAGAUUCUUUGGGAACCUGGCAAUGGAGUGAUGAUAAACCUGUAACUAGUGUUGUUAUGCCGCUUGAUGAUCUGGAAGAUGAAUAUGAUACAAGAGACUGUGCUGCAUUAAAGACCUCUCAGUUUUCACGGAGAUCAUUUUGGAGAUUUCAUCAUGAAGCCAGAGACCUGGAAUUUUACUUUAAGCCUUUUGAUUGUGAAGCUAAACUUGAGUGGGUCUGCCAGAUAACAAAAGGUAGCACUCCAAAGACACCUGAGUGGUAUAUACCAGAUGAAAUUGGAAUUCAUGGAGCCCCACUGGUUGUUGAUGGAGCAGAGCUGUGGUUUGUACCAGAUAAAAACCUGAGCUUCCAGGAAGCUAUUUUCUACUGUCAAAAAAAUGAUAGUGAUUUAGCUUCUGUGGAGUCUUACCCAAAACUCAGGACGAUACUGUCUCAAAUAGAAAAGUUAUCAAACAGUGAACAGAAGUGGUGGCUGAAGUUUAUUGAUUAUGGCUACAGCUAUCAUUCACCUUUACAGUUAUUUUCACGCUUCCAUGAUCGAUUCCUGAGAGAUUGCUGGUAUGUUUCUAGAAAGAACUGGUAUAGAGACUACCCAGUUAACUGUAAUGUGAAACUGCCCUUCAUCUGUGAAAAAAAUAAUGCCUCCUUACUAGAGAAACAUGAUCCCACUUACCACCCAGUCAGAGGAGGUUGCCCUAAAGGUUGGCAUCAGUUCCGGAACAAGUGUUUUCUAAAGAUGAAACCCGAAUAUUUAACAUUUAAUGCAGCUAAUGAAAAGUGUGUAACUUUUGGAGGCUCUCUUCCAUCUAUCUCAAAUCAAGCUGAGCAAGAUUAUAUAACAUCAUUGCUUCCUGGUAUGCCAAAAGAUAUUUGGAUUGGUUUGCAGUUUCUAUUCAGCACAAGGGAGAACAAAUGGGUAGAUGAGAGUAGACUGUUGUAUAGUAACUUUCACCCACUCUUGACGGGAAGAUUAAGGAAAAUUCCACUGGACCUUUUCGAUGAAGAAUUUAACAAUCAGUGCGGUGUAAUCCUCAAUGAUCCCAAAUCACAGUAUGUUGGAACGUGGAAUUUCACUGCUUGUGCUGACAGGCACUUCUUGGGUAUAUGCCAGCGGCCUAUAGGUAUAGGAGCUGCUGAUAACCAGACAGAGCAAGUCCUUAAUGAAACACUGAACUAUCAAAAUGUUCAAUACAUGGUAAUUCUGAAGAAUUUGUCCUGGAAUGAUGCAAUGGCUGCAUGCAUAAAUAACAAGAUGCAGCUGGUUAGCAUUACAGAUCAGUUCCAGCAGGCUUUUCUCGCUGUUCAGGCUGCCCUUCAUAAUUAUCCCCUGUGGACUGGACUCUUCAGCAGAGAUGGUGGAAAACACUAUGGCUGGCUGGAUGGGAAACAUGUUAGUUUUAGUCGCUGGUCUGACGAUGAUGAAGAAACAAGUGAAGAAUGUGUGUUCUUGGAUACUGAUGGCUUCUGGAAAACUUCUGACUGUUCCUCUGAAAAUCGAGGUGCUAUUUGCUACUCAUCAGAAAAGGAGAUUGAAAAAGAACAAGUUACACAAGUUAAAUGCCCACAUAAGAUUAAAAAUACGCCCUGGAUAUCAUUUAGAAACAAUUGUUACACUUUUAUGAUAACAAAAAAUAGAUGGAGAGAACUGAAGUCUCAAGAAGCUCAUCAUUUAUGCAAGAAAAUGAACCCAGAAGCAUUUGUUCUCAGCGUUCGAGAUGAAGAGGAGAACGACUUUGUUACUGAGCAGCUUCGUUCAUUCAGCGGCCUGGCCAUGUGGGUCUGGCUGGGCGUGAUUUAUGAUGACAGUGAUCAAGUUCUUAAGUGGUAUGAUGAAACUCAUCUGACUUACAAUAACUGGAGGCUAGGAAGACCUAACAUAAAGAAGAACAGUUUUUUUGCUGGUGUAAAUCUUGAUGGUUUUUGGGAUAUUUAUAAUUAUUCUCAAAGUUGGCAUGCUCAACACUAUAAUGUGUACAGUAUUCUUGCCUGUAAAAUCGAAAGAGGUCCUCAACAACACAAGCCUCCAUUGCCUGACUCUCUUCCUCAUGGAAACAGAACAUACAGGAUCCUUCAGAAAAAGUUAACGUGGUAUGAGGCAUUGAGAGAAUGCAAACAAAAUAGGAGUGAUUUAGCAAGUGUGCACAGUGAAUCACAACAGUUAUUUCUAGAAGAUAUUGUCAAGCGGGAUGGCUAUCCUCUGUGGCUUGGGUUGUCAGUUCAUGAUGGAAGUAAAGCUAAUUUUGAAUGGUCCGAUGGAAGCGACUUUGACUACUGUCCUUGGGAAUUAGAAAACUCAAAUACUACUGAGAACUGUGUUCUAUUGGAUACUAAAGGAUCUUGGAACCGUACAAAAUGUACAAAUGUUGCUGAAGGUGCCAUUUGCUAUAGCCCUCCAAAUGAGAGACAAUUACAGCCCAAGCAAGUGAGCAGAGCCCCGGGAUGCACGCAACUUAGCAGUACCCUGCAAUGGAUGCAGUAUAAGGAUCACUGUUACGCAUUUGACAUGGCGUUCUACAAUUUUUCUGUAUAUAAUGUGGAAGAUGCCAAGAAAGUCUGCCAGAAACUGAAUCCUUCAGCAACCCUUCUGACUAUUGUGGAUGCUGAAGAAAAUGCAUUUGUGAGUACACACAUAAAGGAAAAUGAUCUCAUCACCAAGAACGUGUGGCUUGGCCUGGCUCAGAGCUCUAAGGAUCAGUCCCUGAACUGGCUUGAUGGCUCAUCAGUUAAUUACGUCAACUGGGAAAACAAAACUGCAGAAGUCAAUGGAAAAUGCAGUGUUAUCCUGUCCACAACUGGCACAUGGUCCAAAGUUGAUUGCAGUCAUAGUCAAAGCAGAGUGGUUUGUAAAGCUCCUUUAGGUUCUAAUCAUACUGGGGUGGCUGUAGCAUUUGCCCUGCUGAUUAUCUUGAUCUUCGUUGUUGUGUUAGUGUGGUAUCUCUAUAAGAAGAAGCGUCUUCACUGGAGUGCCUUCUCUUCAGUACGCUAUCAGAGAGGGAUGAAUGAUGAUGAAACUGAUGAUGUGUUCACAAAGGAUAGCUAUUGA